GCUGAGGCAUGGGGGCUCGUGCAGGACUGGAGGCAAGCCCGGGAGAAGACUGGGUCCCAUGCCUCACCCCGAGGUGACUUGGAGUGGAAGUCCCACCUGGGGAGCUGGAGGCCGAACAGCCUCUUGGCAGAGCACAGGGGGUUGAAUCUGGUGUGCAAGGGAGGGGCUUAUAUCAGGGCUGGGUCCGAGCAGGACUGAGGGUAUGUUUAGUAUGGUUUUCUGGAAUGAUGACUUCAGUAGCUGCCUGUGUUCAGUACCAUCACAUUUCUAAAGAUGCUCUUGGGCUGGCUUCCUCCACCAAGCACCAUCCAGAUCUGGCCAUCUACUUGGUCAUCUGAGUUUGUGGUGUGGGGUCAGUCCCAAGCCUCUGAUGCCUAAUUGGGGUUUUGUGAGAUAUGCAGGGGUCGGUUUAUACAAAGAGUCAGUGAGAGCUUGCCUUUUGCCUUUGUUUACCCAAGAUAAGUCUAAAAUAGUUGAGGUCUUGUCCCCAGUGUCUCCAGAGUCUGGUUUUUUUAGUUACUUCUAGGGUUGGCUCUUGGGGAACCCAGUUGUCAGUGUAAGCUGUGGCUUGGUGGACACCCCUCUGCUUCUCGGGCCUGCAGAGACCACCUGAAGGGAAAGACCAGUAGUGCUUUUCCAAGAAAGACUUCAGUCUUCCUUUUUUGCAGUUUAUUUAUACAGUUGCUAAAUUCAGUUUGCCUACACAGGCCUUGUCACAGCCUGCAGUGGCAUCCACUACUGCAGUGGCCCCACAUUUUGCACAUCUGCAACACCACGUCUAAGAGGAAAGUAAGGCUGAGCCACUUCUCAGGCCAAGACUUCCUUGUUUUGGAGAAUGAGCUGUUAGGAUCUGACAAACGCAGUGUCCUGAGCCCCUUACAGGCACUGGGAAAAUCCACAGCUAAAGGCAGAAGCCUUAGGAGAUGGAUGGCCAUGGCCUAUAGGCCACACUGAACACAAGAACAGGGAAAACAACAACCGCUCCUACUGUAGGGCUGACCCCCGAGGUUAUCUAUGAAAGGGUUAACUCGUCCCUUCUGGAAGUGUAGGUCAGUUCUGGCAAUGUUACAGGUGUUUUCGUGUAAGCUUUCCCCCUUGCACCUGCCUCAGCUGUUCCAGGAGUGGUUUAUUUAUGGUUGUGGGAGGAGGAGGAGCUGGUAGGCUUUAACCCACCCCACAGUUGCCUUGCUGAAGUUGGGUCAGGUUCUGCAAUGCUUCCAACAGCUCUCGGGGGAAUGAAGCCAUCCUGAGGGGGCUUGGGCGCCUGGGCAGAAUUAAUUCCACCCACCCCACUGGCCCCACAUCUCGCCUGGAGGUGAACAGAAGGGCACUAGUCAGCCAGAGGUAAGCGUGGCAAGCUGUGGUAACUACUGGAUUUGGCUUUGUCUUCACCCAUGGCUCCGUGGCCCUGUCCUUACAGCCCACUGUCUGCUCAGGUGGCUGCAGCAGAGGGUGGGCCCAGUGGCGCCAAGGAGCCUAUUCCCAGUUGGUAAACGGCAGGUUUGCUGGCUCGCCUGCCAGGUCUGGCCUUGUGCAUUCAGAGCCCAUGGCCUCGCGGCCUUUACGGCGAUCACUGCAUAGGAUACCAGAACGCUGAGGAUGCCUGUUCUGUGGGCGGUGGGUCCUGGACGGGGCCUACGGAGGUUCUCGCGCCUGUCCAUUCCGGACCCUAGUCGGGAGACGGCCGUGGUGGGGAUUUGGGGGAGGCCACGUAAAGAGCCACUAGGUUAAGACCCGGGAGCCCGGCGCCCACAGACGCUGCCACUCCUACUCCACGCGUCGUGGGACACCCAGGGCCCGCAGCCCACGGGGGUCAGUGUCAGUGCAAGCCAGCCUGGCUCUCAGGAGGGCCAUGAAUUUCCGCGUAGCCAGAGCCUUGGCCGCGGGGUGGCGUCAGAGCUCACUUUCAAGACCACCCGGGGUCACGUGGCACGGAGAGGCGCCGUCCGAUGACGUAUGCCGGCGCAGCUCUCGCCCCGCCCGCCGCCGGGUCACGUGACAGUCCGGCGCAGCCUGAUAACGCGACGCCCGGCCCCUGGGCGCUGCUCCCGCCCCGCCCCGCCCCGCUGCCACCGCCGCGCCGAGUCCUUUUGUCCAAGAUGGCGGCGCCGGGGGCGCUGCCUCUUCGGCCGCCGCCGCCGCCGCUGUGAGGGGCCUGCGGGCCGCCCGCCCGCCCGCUGCGCCGGCGCCAUGAAGAGGCAGAGCGAGCGAGACUCGAGCCCAAGCGGGCGCGGCUCGUCAUCGUCGGCCAAGCGGCCGCGGGAGCGCGAACGGGAGGCGGAGGCGGGCGGGCGGCGGGCAGCGCACAAGGCCUCGGGCGGCGCCAAGCAUCCCGUUCCAACGCGGGCCCGCGACAAACCCCGCGGUAGCGGGGGCGGCGGGGGUGGGCAUCGCGACGGCCGCGGCGCCGGGGACGCGAAUCACCGUGCGAGCAGCGGCCGCUCCUCGGGCUCGGGCGCCGGGGGACGCGGCGGCAAGGCCUCCGGGGACCCAGGCGCUUCAGGUGCUUCGCCCCGCGCGUCUCCGCUGCCGCCACCUCCGCCGCCGCCCGGGACCGAGCCCGCGGGUCCCGGCUCGUCGGCGGCCGCACCUGAGUACAAGACGCUGCUCAUCAGCAGCCUGAGCCCUGCGCUGCCCGCCGAGCACCUCGAGGACCGGCUCUUCCAUCAGUUCAAGCGCUUCGGUGAGAUCAGCCUGCGCCUGUCGCACACGCCAGAGCUGGGCCGCGUGGCCUACGUGAACUUCCGGCAUCCGCAGGACGCACGCGAGGCCCGCCAGCACGCCCUGGCCCGCCAGCUGCUGCUCUACGACCGGCCGCUCAAGGUGGAGCCCGUGUACCUGCGCGGCGGCGGCGGCGGCAGUGGUGGCGGCGGUGGGAGCAGCCGGCGAAGCAGCAGCAGCAGCGCUGCCGCCUCCACGCCGCCCCCAGGUCCCCCCGCCCCCGCGGACCCGCUAGGCUACCUGCCACUGCACAGUGGCUACCAAUAUAAGCAGCGCUCGCUGUCCCCCGUAGCCGCCCCGCCGCUGCGGGAGCCCCGUGCUCGCCACGCCGCCGCAGCCUUUGCCCUGGAUGCUGCCGCCGCUGCCGCAGUGGGACUAUCCCGGGAGCGGGCCCUGGACUACUACGGGCUUUACGACGAUCGCGGGCGUCCCUACGGCUACCCGGCCGUGUGCGAGGAGGACCUGAUGCCUGAGGACGACCAGCGCGCCACGCGCAACCUCUUCAUCGGGAACCUGGACCACAGCGUGUCUGAGGUGGAGUUGCGGCGGGCCUUCGAGAAGUACGGCAUCAUCGAGGAGGUGGUCAUCAAGAGACCUGCCCGUGGCCAGGGCGGUGCGUAUGCCUUCCUCAAGUUCCAGAACUUAGACAUGGCCCACAGGGCUAAGGUGGCCAUGUCAGGCCGGGUGAUUGGCCGCAACCCCAUUAAGAUAGGCUAUGGCAAGGCCAACCCCACCACUCGCCUCUGGGUGGGUGGCCUGGGACCUAACACCUCACUGGCCGCUCUGGCCCGGGAGUUUGAUCGCUUUGGGAGCAUUCGAACCAUUGAUCACGUCAAGGGAGAUAGCUUUGCUUACAUCCAGUAUGAGAGCUUGGAUGCAGCCCAGGCUGCCUGUGCAAAAAUGAGGGGCUUUCCCUUGGGUGGUCCAGACCGAAGGCUGCGCGUGGAUUUUGCCAAAGCAGAGGAGACUCGAUAUCCCCAGCAGUACCAGCCCUCACCCCUCCCCGUGCAUUAUGAGCUGCUGCCGGAUGGAUAUACCCGGCACCGAAACCUGGAUGCUGACCUGCGGGUGCGGGAUAGGACCCCCCCACACCUCCUGUACUCAGACCGAGACCGGACCUUUUUGGAAGGGGACUGGACCAGCCCUAGUAAAAGCUCUGACCGGCGAAACAGCUUGGAGGGCUACAGCCGCUCGGUGCGCAGCCGGAGUGGGGAACGCUGGGGAGAUGGGGACCGGGGCCUGCCCAAGCCCUGGGAGGAGAGGCGGAAGCGGAGGAGCCUUUCCAGUGACCGCGGGAGGACAACCCACUCCCCUUACGAGGAACGGAGCAGGACCAAGGGUGGUGGGCAGCAGAUGGACCGGGGCUCUGAUCGCACUCCUGAGCGCAGCCGUAAGGAGAACCACGCCAGUGACGGGACCAAGGAGUCAAGCAGCAAUUCUCUCAGCAACAGCAGACAUGGGGCUGAGGAGCGGAGUCACCACCACCACCAUGAGGCUCCAGACUCUUCCCAUGGGAAGAAGACACGAGAGAGCGAGCGCAAUCAUCGGACCUCUGAGGCUGAGCCCAAGCCUCUGGAAGAGCCAAAACACGAGACCAAAAAGCUCAAGAAUCUUUCUGAGUAUGCCCAGACACUGCAGCUGGGUUGGAAUGGGCUCCUAGUGUUGAAAAACAGUUGCUUCCCGACAUCUAUGCACAUCCUAGAGGGGGACCAAGGGGUUAUCACCGGCCUCCUCAAAGAUCACACUUCUGGGAGCAAGCUGACCCAGUUGAAGAUCGCCCAGCGCCUGCGACUGGACCAGCCCAAGCUCGAUGAGGUCACACGGCGCAUCAAGCAGGGGAGCCCCAAUGGCUAUGCAGUGCUUCUAGCCACCCAGGCAACCCCCAGCGGGCCUGGCACUGAGGGGAUGCCCACGGUGGAGCCAGGCCUACAGAGGCGGCUUCUCAGGAACCUGGUCUCCUACUUGAAACAGAAGCAGGCCGCGGGGGUGAUCAGCCUGCCGGUGGGUGGUUCCAAGGGCAGAGACAGCACGGGCAUGCUCUAUGCCUUCCCGCCCUGUGACUUUUCACAGCAGUACCUCCAGUCAGCACUGAGGACAUUGGGCAAGCUAGAAGAAGAACACAUGGUGAUAGUUAUAGUAAGAGACACUGCCUAGCCCAGACCUGUUUCCAGCUCCGCAUUUGUGUCACAAAAGCAGUCAUUUUAAAAUCUGAUUCUCCACCUCCUGCUCCCUUGGUUUGAAUUCUCUGCUGGGUUAUUUUGGUUCAUUUGGUGGGGGACCAGAGUCCUGACCCCUACCAACACACUAAGUUCUUAGAUUUUUGAGGGUUUUUUUACAGCGAUGAGCAAAGGGACUCCUGUCACAUUGAUUUCUAGUGUACAAGAUACUGUCUGCUGUGUUCUGUAUUUUUUUAUUUUUUAACUAACUGUAUGGAAAGUUGUCAGUAAAGCCUUUGUCAGAGGAUGGAUUUUUAA